GGGAAAGCCCUUGCCAUUAAACCUGAGCCCUUGAUCGCGGAUCAUGAAGGGCCAUGCGCCUGGCGACCGUGCGCCAUGCCGGUCGGGUGUUCCAGGUUCCAGUCGACCAAGAAGAGCUCACAGCCGGUGAGCUACAGGUGUCAGUGCUUCUUCAAGCAGCUGGUCUCAGGCGCCAGCGCAUAGAGGGCUCACCUUCUGACUGCGGAUGCAGACUGACGGACAGCGACGCGCAGAUACCUCCCGGUCUUCCAGAGGGCUCUUGCGAGCUUCGGCUGUGGUGUCAGAUGAUGCCGCUGGACUGGAGCGAGGUGGUGCCCUGCAGUGCUGAGGCCCGCAUUAUGGAUUUGCGCCUGAGGAACGGACGUCCCUGUCGGUCCAGCUCGUCCUGCCAUCGCUGCGAGCAGCUGGCGUCAAUGCAUCCACUCACAGCUCGAUGGCAACGCCUGCAGAAGGAAACCGAUGCAGCAGCGGCGCUGGCAGCACUUAAGGCGGCCGAUGCGCCUUUCGUGGUGAACAUCCGCAGUGCCAGAAGGAUCGCGUCGAUCGUCCUUGAGGGCUGCAGACCGGCCACAACAGCUGCCGCUGUGGUUGCCUUCUGCCUGCGCCAAUGUGCAGCUCAACGCUGGCCGCAGUGCAGCUCUUGCCGGCGACUUAACAACUGCGACCUGCACCAAGAGAAGCUGCGGGAGCAGCUGUUGCCAGCAGCGAUUCCUGACGGCACCUGUGCCUGGCAGCUUUGGGAUGGGCUAGCACGUCUUGAUGCUGAGGAGGACCUUCGGAGCUUUCAGGGCCCUCGCAGUGGCCGUGUCCUGGUGCUUGUGGCAAAGGUGGAUCCAAAGAGUCCUCCCUGCUCGGGACUGGAGUGCCAGCGCUGUGCUGUGCUUGCAGACGCCCAGCCUGAAACUGCGGCGCUGCGACGGCGGCGACACUUUUGGCGCCUGAAGCGUGGUGCCUUCCUCCUGAGGUUCGGGCAAUGCACUGAGCCAACCGGGCUUGUUAUGUUCCUUCAAAGGAUUUGCCCAGAGGUGGCAUUUCAUCUCAUUGUGAGCUAUUUGUUUCGUGUCAUCUUUGACGGGCAGAUGAAGGAGGGCAGAGAUCCUGUGGAGAUCCUUUACGCCCGAGUGAAGAAGUUUAUGGACAUGGAAAACCAGCUGCGCGCGCUCUCAACCAGAACGGGAAAGGAGGAGGUGAAGACAAAGAAGCAGCCCAGUAAGAAGAUGCAGGAGCUAUCAGUGCGAAUAGCACACUCAUUGUCCAAUCCGACCUAUGAGGAGGUCCCUGCACACGAGCGCCGCUGCGCUGGGGUCAACCAGAAGUUGGAGGACGAUAUCAAGCCAAAAGUUCUGGAAGGCACGGUCAAAGGUGUGGGCGGCGUCAUAGAGGCGUUGCAGAAGAAGUAUGCGAUGAUCAAGGGCGAGAGGUUGCGAGUUGUGAAUGAGACAAAGGACCUGUGGAAGCUUGAAGGUGAAAAGACGAUCCCAAAGUGCCAAGUGAACACAGGCUGGAAAUGGGUCAUCAAGGGUGCCCAAGAUGAAGAAAAGAAGAAGGCGGAGGAAGCGGCAAGGAAGAAAGCUGCCAAAGAGGAGGAGGCCAGGAGAAAGGAGGCCGAAGCAGCAAAGAAGAGUGAGGAGACGAAGGAGGCUAAGCCCAAGGAGAAGGAGAAGGGCAAGAAGGAGAAAGAAGUGGCCAAAAAGGCGGAGAAAAAGAAGGAGAAGGAGCCGAAAGAGAAGAAGGAGAAUGCAAAAGAGGCCAAAAGCAAAAAAGAAGAUCAUGGAAAAGGCCGAACGGCUUCAAAAUCCAAGCGGAAAAGGUCAUCAGACAGCGAGGCAGAAACCGAUUCGGAAUCCAGAAAGAAGUCAAAGGCCUCCAAAGAGAGGAAAGCCAAGAGUAAAAAAAAGCGAAGGAGCUCUGACGGCUCCGACAGCUCCGAGGAGUCGAGAGAAAAGAAGGCGCGCAGCAAGUCUCGCAGGAAGAAGUGA